CAAUCCAUUGAUAUGGUUCAGACCGAUCAGAUCACUUCGAUUGUUUGGUUCACUCAGAGCAUUCAGGUCAUUCUUAACGUUCUUCAAUGAUAUCAUUACUCUCAUUAUUCAGAAUAGAAACAGAGCAUUUACAACCAUGUUCACACCGACAAGAGUCAAGUCAUGAGUCAUCCUGAAAAAAUGUUUGCUUCGCAGCCGCAGAUGAUCUCUAAGUACCAGACAAAUAGCUCGGAUAUCAAGAUAAAGGACGGUUGUGAAUGUCAUGAAAUUAUGACCACACGACUUGCCGAAGUACAUACGCCAGGACUGGAUGUCUGGGUAGACGGCGUAUCAAAGGGAAAGACACUUGAAUUAUUACGAUAUCUGCCUGACAAUGAGGAAGAGGAGAUGAACAUGGCCGAGAAAAACCCAAUAUUCAGAUUCACGACGAACAACAACAAGCUUGAAACAACAAGAUCCUUAUCAGAAAAAAACAACAGUUCAGCAAAAGCCUCAAACACCAUAACCACCCCUCGACCUCAAUUUCCCAAAGCAACCAUAAUAAACUACCUACUUGAAACCUCCCCCAAAAACAUGCAUCUCUAUCUCAACGGCUCCAAGCGAUCCAGCCAAGUCGAUGAUAAAUCCGAAGACUACGCCAUCAUACGGGAGAUAGCAGGAACUACUGCCAGUGAGCGCUAUUGGGUAUUUGAUAUUGAGGAUAUUCACUGUGGAAUUUGUUGUAAGAUGAUGAGAGAUCAGCGAAGACGGGAUUAUGAGAAGACUAGUCGGUGGCAUAGUAGGGCGAGGGGUGCAUUGCGACAUGUUCAUUGUAUGAAUUCGUGGUGUCAUGGAGUUUGUGGACAUGAUAGCAGGGUGAGCCGCUAUUCGAUUCUUGUGGAUGAUUUAAGGACUAAUUUUGUGAGUCUAGUCGCAUCAUGUUCUUUCCCGCUUGGGUGUCGAUACCACUCGCAAGAUCAAAUACAUCCAAUUAACUUCCUCAGAACAUAUGGAUCCUGAUGUCCUCGCAUCCGCAAUAACAGUAAUAAAACCAUUCAUCAAUCAUCUUGAAGGACUAGAAAUCAACCUCGCUUCCUCGACAUCAUCUUCGAGAUUCAAUCAUCUUGGAAAAAGCUCGAGACAAGAAUCUCGACGCUUCAUAUGUUGUUUUGUGGAGUUAGAGGGAUUACUAGUAGAAGGAGCGAGGUUAAAAAUUAGAGGGUUAGAGAAUAUGGAAGAGUUGGGGAAUAUGUGGUGGGAUGUGAGGAGGAAGUGGUGGGAGGUUAAGGGGGAUGGAAGAGGGUUGUGAGAUAGAAUAGGUGAUUAGAUUAGAGUAGAUUAGAUGAGGAUAGAAUUAAGGUAUUUUGAGGGCAGUACUCGUGAAAUACACUGUAGUAAAUAA